AUGUUACGCUCUUCCUUCUCUAGCAUCACCCACAUCGCUCAAAGAAGACUUAUCCAGUCUCACGCACUUUCGAAGGCUUCCAUCGCUGAACUACAGAAUAGAUGGGAAUCUAUGCCCCCUUCAGAACAAAAUUCAAUCGUCUCAAAAUUGGCUGCAAGACAAAAAUUACCUUGGACCCAAUUAACUGAAGAAGAGAAAAAAGCCGCGUGGUAUAUAUCCUAUGGUGAAUGGGGACCAAGAAGACCUGUCCUAGCAAAGGGUGAAGGUGUUUUCGUAACCAAAGGUGUUAUCAUCGGUUUAUUAAUUUCUUUUGGUGUAUUUGCAGGUGUAAGAGAACUUGCAAGAGAUGACCCAAGGACAAUGACCAAAGAAUGGCAAUUGAAAUCAAACGAAUACUUACAAUCCGUCAAUGCAAACCCUUGGACUGGUCACGAUCAAGUUCAAUCGAAAUAA